AUGAAGGUCUCCGCAGUGCUCCUGUGCCUGCUGCUCACAGUGGCCACCCUCAGCACCCAGGUGCUCGCUCAGCCAGCACUUUCUGUCCCAACCGUCUGCUGCUUCGAAGUGUCCAGUAAGAAGAUCUCUAGUCAUAAACUGCAGAGCUACAAAAGAAUCACUGACAGCAGAUGUCCCCAGAAGGCUGUGAUCUUCAAGACCAAACUGUCCAGAGAGAUCUGCGCCAAUCCCCAAAAUAAGUGGGUUCAGGAAGCCAUGAAGUACCUGGACAAGAAAUCCCAAGCUCCAAAGCAAUAA